CUCACGAACGAUAUUAAACGACGAAUAGAGAACGAAGCGCAGAACGAGGAAAUUUCAUACAUCCGUGGAAAAAGGGAAAAUUAAACAAAAGGACAUUAUACAAGUGUAUAAAAUAAUUAAAAUUAUAAAAAUUAAAAUAUUUUGCUUUAGUUGAGUUAUAUAAAAGUGUGAAAAGUGCGUGGGUACUGUAGAAAAACAAAAAAGAAGUAAACUUGCUCAGAGCAAUUUAGAUUUGUGGCUGCGGCAACCGAGUGAAAGUGUCGCGGAAAUUCUGGGCUUCGUCUGCCCGCACCGCGUUGCGCUGUUUUUAUGCGCUUUGUUGGGCUCUGCUUCUGGACACAAGUUUGCAGCGAACGUUUUUGCAAGCGGACAAAACGAAAAAUGCACGUAGCGAAUGAAGUAAAUAGAAAAUAACAGAAAAGAUGGACAAAAUAGAAAAACACGGAUGGUGGGAAAUACGGAAAUAAAGUAGCGAAUACCAACCGAACAAGUUAACGAAUAAGUGGCGCGUGCAACUACAUUUAGUAUUGCCUUAAAUCGAAAAUAUACAUAGUUUUGUGAUAAAUUAGACAAUUUCUAUGUCUAAGAUAUAUGCAUCCAAUAAAAAGAGUGAUUGAGUUGAUAGCAUAAAGCUGUUCUUUAAAUGCGACCUCGUCCGUUUUCAACGACACAUCGUGCCGAUUGCAAGUGCGGGCGCGAAAGAUCGCCAUCGUUGUAGAUGUCGCAGGUACUGCAGCGUCAUCAAGUCAAUUGAAAAUAAAUUGUGCUGGUGCAGUUGUAUUGCAACUGCAUUAAUCAGCACAUAACUUUGAGGACAACUAAUGGAAUCAAGAAAGGCGAAAGAUUUACGAGUGCGUGUACGACGCAUAAAAGUAAACUCUUCCACCUGCAGCUCUAGCACUGCCCCAAUAGCAGAUGCUGUUUUUACGUCAGGCAAGACGGAAGUUACUGACGGGAUGGAAACGGAAACUCCAUGUACCAGCAAGAGCACGUUGGUGUCAUCUAAUGCAUCCUCGCCUUCAACAUCGGAUGGCGAUGAUUUCUCUACAGUGCAUUUUAAGUUAGCAGCCGCAUUAGAAGCUGCUGCAGCGCAUGCCACUGGUAGUGGUGGGGGUGCACAUCUACUUGAUUGGCAAAGCAUGAAGUCUGCGCUAUUAGCUGAAGCCAAGCCAACAUUCAAGCUUAAAAGUCGCAGCAAUGAGAAGACCGAAGAUAUUGAAACCGAACCACAUUCUGAUGCGGAACACCAAGAUUCUGCAACAGAGGAAACACGAUUGAGCGGUGUGCUAUUAAAGGCACGGCAAGAUAGUGAUAGCAGCAGUACUAGUUCCAGUGACGACGACGACGAUGUGCCUGAGAUACUAUUGCUUUCGCCAAAACCAAAUGUAGAUACUAUGGACACUGAUCGUUCAAUGUUAUUAUCCAAACUGCCCUUUUCGGAUCCUGGUGUGUCGGUGGUGGACGAUAAGAAUCCAACUGCAGCUUUAUCAAAGAUACUCUCUCUGCCACCAUUUGAUCCACAUGCACCACAUUUGCUAGUGCAAUUAAUCAUUAAAAAUGUUGUUUCGCUCACACAGUUGAGUCAGCGCGAAGACAAUGUAAUUGAGGUGGAUAUUAAAAAAAGCCUUAUAGCAGAGUUUGCUGUUAGCAAGAAGCAUCGCACACUUAGUCCAUUCAUGGAUGCAUCCAACAUACAUGUAAAACAUAGCAACGAUGAGUUCUUUACAUUCUGUUCGUGUAAAAAUUGCUUGAAAUAUCGCGAAAUUGUCAUACAUAUAAUGGUAGAGCAAUUUAAGACGGCGCACAUGGUAGUAAUGUUACUGGAUGUGCUAAUAAAGGCGUACGGGCCAAUGUUGAAAAAUCGGACCGCUUACAACAAGUUUGAAAAACUUUUGGACGCUAAUAAGGAGAUAUACUGGAUAGCGUGUGGUUUUGUCUACAAUAAAAAGGCUGAACAUAUGGAUUUCAUAUAUGAUGACUCCUUAUCAGAUAAUAUGAUUUUCGUGCUCUUUAGUUCCAUACUUAUGGUAAACAAUCCACUGCUGUUGUUGCAAAUAUUAGCCUUUCACGUAGAGUGCAUCGUUAAGGCGUAUGCGGAAGGUUUUAUCGAAAUUGUUGAACCUGACAACAAUAAAAUACCUGCAGAGGAAAUGUUAACAUAUAUUUUGGACGGUUAUGAUGACUUGUGUCGCAUAUCAGAACAAAUUUCAAGCUAUUUGUUUGCAUUCGAAAAUGAUUUUUUACGCAAAUUCAACCUAACCUGGACAUUGCUUUGUCAACGCUUAUAUCAGCUACAUGUCUACUCCAAUCUCACUGAUACUAUGUUGGCAUGUAUCAUUACUUUGAAAGAGGACGAGCUAACAUCGCGACAUGCUUCACUUAUUAAAAAGUACAUACAGUUCGAUGAUAAAAUGACGUGUGUGGAGAAACGUUGGGCGGAUGUUUGGAAUGAACUUAACGAAUUCAAUUUGUCCGAAGCGGAACGCAAACGUCGAAAAUGUCUACUAAAUGUCCAUCGCAUAUUCGACACGGUGGUACAGGAUGCGAUAGCCUUCUCAUUGCAGGAAUUCGAUGAUGACAAUGAUUUCUACGACUUCCAGUGUCUGGAAAAUCGUCGGCUGGCCUGGCAAAAUAUAAUGGCAUAUACGAAAAUGAAAUGGCCAGAUGGAUUUUUCAAACCACCAAAUACCAUGGUGUGCGAUGACAAAUGCAAGAAAUGCAAUGUGCUGUUGGAGUAUCAUACAGAGAACUGCAAAUGCAUUACGUGCUCUAUUGCUGGGGGACCAUUACCACCUCGUCGCAAUGCCGAUAAUAGCUGCUACAAGUGUAUGGCGCAAUCACUGAUCGAAAAGGAAGUUAAUCUGUAUGAAUCGAAAAUUUUAAAUGUUUGCACAAGUGAUGAUUUUCUAUCAUUUGUACGAAGUAAUAGCAAACGUAAGGGCUCGACACAAGAUGAACUGGGCGAUGAAGUGUGCACCACAUUGCCGGCCAUUGAAGCGAAAUCGGACGACAUAAUAGAGCUGGGACAAUACCAUAUAGCAUGGGCUGUUUUUCAACAUUUAAAUAAUCGAAAGCGUUAUAGAUAUGCAACAAUUGACGAGAAGUAUUUUUGUAAAGAUUGCACAAGUCCAGCUUGCUUGUUGGCGCGUAAAAUACUCAACAACGAAGUGACACAUACUCUGUCGCUGCACUUGGUGCAAUACUAUCAGCAGCUGUCGAUGAGUAUCGAAGAACUUCGUGCUAUACUGCCAAACAUAAUGUUCUAUAAUCGAAAAAUGAUUGCUUUCAACAUUGGAUUCGAUUUAGCAGAUGUACACGAUCUUGUAGUGAAGAUAUAUUGGACAUUUAUAAUAUCACUUUAUGCUAGAUAUUUCAUGGAGUUCGAUCUUAAGUGUCCAUUGAAUUUAAGCUACUUUGAGUUGGAGAAUAAUGACAUUAAGUUGUGCACGGAUAAAAUAGUAGGCAACAAAGACGACACAAAGUUCGUGAAGUUUCUAGAUAAAAUAAAAAGUUUAUCGCCUUUUAAAAGUCAAGUCGAAUCAGAUUUUGCUUUUACUGUUGAUGUACACACCGAGGAAAUUCAAAAGAAAUUGGAUGAACUACUCAAUUUCGAGGAUACGCAAAACAGCCCGACAUUGAAUGACCAAAUCCCACCGCCCAUCACCAAUAUCGAAGCAACUACAACUGUUGAAGAUCAUCCAAAAAAGAACUGCAAGGAGAAAAUGAAAAAAUGCUGUUUUGAUCAUUCGGAUUUGGGUGAUCAUUGCAAAGAAAAUCAUUCCAGCAAAAAGCGCAUUAAAAAGGAGUGCAAUCACGCACGCAUGAACGAGACGCGUGAUAGAUUGCGUAAAAAACUGACGCAGCUGAUAAAUGCACGUAAAAACAUGAAAGCAGCAUCAGCUGCAGCGGCAGUAGCCAAUGAUCCACAACAGCAGCCGCCGCAACCACCGCAACAGGCUGCACAGACGACAGUGCCAGCAGCAAGCACGAGCACAAAGCAGCCACCUUCUUUAAAGGCGGUAGCUAAAGCAGCAGCAGCAGCUACCGCCGCGGCCAAUUCUAAAACACACAAUCUCACUGGCAACAAGUUGGAGGACGACGAUGACAGCUUAGUUUGUCUAAGUACAUUGUGUAAACGUAUCAGUCAUUUGCAUAUGAAUCAAACUGCUACUAGUGGACAAACGGCACAAUCCACCACCACGGAAACGCCGAAUGGUGUUGGCAAAAAAGUUACUCCAUCAACAGUAGUCGGUUCAACCAGCAUUCCAGCGGCAAAGAAACCCGGUAGCACGAGUGUAAAUGCUGCCGCUUGGGAAGCAGCUAAUCGGGAGGCUGCCGCUAGCAAGGUAGCUAAUGGCAAAAGUGCUUCGGGUGGCAGCGAGAAGGGUGGCGGUGGUAGUGGUUCACGUGAUUUGAGUGUGCUUAGUGUCUAUCUGAACAGUUAUUCGAAAGAGUUCCUAGAUAAUUACUCACGUGAUCAAUCCAAGGUGCGCAAGUGGAUAAAUGAAACGCUGAGCUACAUCGAAGGCGGGUCGGGUGGUUGCAAUGGUAACGGCAAAAAACCGCAACCGCAAACUACCAAUCCUAAGAAAGCUGCCAAGAAGGCCAAGCAAAAGCAACGCAAAGAGGAGGAAAAACGUAUUAUAGAACUGCAGGAUCUGCGCGGACAGUUUCAAGACAUUUAUUUCAAAGAAUUCACGGAUAAACACAAACUCAAACUGCUGAAGAGCAGUAAGAAACGUGACAAAAAGCAAAUGUGUGAACUCGAAAUAAACAUUAAAAAGCUGCAGCGCGCCAAGGGAAGAGUGGAAACUGUGAUAUUGGAGUUGAUUGCCACGGUAAAGCAAACAAAUGCUGAAUUCAAAUUCUCCUAUUUGCCCACCAAGGAGCAACAAAUAGAAAAGUUGAAAGCAAUUGAGGAGAACGCCAGCGGUGCCGGUACAAGUGUGAGCGCUAAUAUCCAUGCCAGCUCAAGUGUGCCAUCCACAAGGGCCAACGCCAUUGAUGGUAUUAAUAACCUGAACGCCGCAACGGGUAUUAUGCCUGGCAGCAGCAGCAAUUAUGUCCUGCCAUCUGCUUAUACACAUGCCAAUGUGCCCAGCGCGUCAUUCUCUCCUUACCAAAUUGACUUCCAGUCUUCACAAAGCGCUACAUUAGGUGCUGGGGCUGCCACAGCGGGUUACGGUAUGAUUCGCGCACCCAUGCCGACACCAAUGUGCUAUGCACCGCCACCCCAUCAAACACUCUCUCCCGAUGUUGUCGCUGCCAUGGCGGCCAACGCCGCUUGCAACUCGAAUACGGACCCCUCCAAGCGCAUCGUCACAAUACGCCGCGUUAACUUGCCAAACGUACCAGAACCACGUGUCACGGUCACCGCCAAGGGUAGCUCUCCGGAUAAGGACAAGUUGCUCUACACAUUCGUGAAUGGUCAACUGGUACCGACUACGGCGCCGCCAAUGACGCAACUACCCUUACAACAAUUGUCGAAUGUCACGGAACCACGAGUUACUGUCAGCGCCAAAAUCAAUCCUGCGGACAAAGAUAAGUUACUCUAUUCAUUUGUGAAUGAACAAUUGGUGCCAACAUCGACGCCACCGCCAAUGACGCAAUUGCCAUUACAACAAAUACCUUUGCCACUGCCAAUGCAGGCGCCGCCGCCACCACCGCCCAUUACUUCUAACGAAAUGCCAGCGGAUCAUCUAUCACUAACAAUACCGCCGCCACCUUUGUCCAAAACGCAACUCAAAAAGGAGCGACGUCGUGCAGCAAAAUUAGCAGCAGAACAGGCAGCAGUUUUGGCAGCGGCUAAAGAAGAACAACUACGCCAAGAGCAGGAGCGUGUGCGUGCAGAGAAAGCAAACCAACCAAAAGGGGGCAAAAAGAAUAAAUCGAAAGCUGAUGAGCCAACGGAACGACUGCUGAAUGAAACAGCCACUUCCAAUUCAAAAGCAAAGCAUAAUACUGGCAAGAAUGCGGUUACACCGUCGGCGUCCACCACAUCUGUCUCCACAGCGGAGGCUCUCGAAGGCGCAGCCAAGAAGGGCAGUAAAGCAUUAAUGACAGCAUCACAACGGCGUUCAGCUUCCACAACUACUUCGUGCUCUGCCGGCACAUCGUUAUCCGCCACCCCAGUCAAUAGUCAAAUGAACACGAGGGAGAAUUCCGUGAGCAGUCAGAAGCCGACAUUAGGUGCUGCUGAUAGGGGUAAGAACAAGAAAGUGACAAGCAAAUCUGCCAUACAGCAACAGAAAAUCUUAAUUCAAACACAAAAAGUGACGCCGUCACAAAAACAAAAGGACGUAGUUAAGGGGCAAUCGCAAACAAAUAAGGGCAAUGGUGGCAAUAAAAAACCGCUCGAAACUGAAAGCAAAGAGAAGGCAAAAUCGCCAUCUCCUGAACCUGCCGAAGAUGUUGUAGACGAAAUUGAAUUGAAAAAGCGAAAGAAACGUAAGAAGGAGCGUAUUCAACGCGAACGUUUAAUAGACAAUGGUCAGUUCGAUAAUAAUCCAUUUGCAACACUGCAUACGCAGGAUUCCGAUUCCGAAUGGUAUUCAGAUUCGUCAAGCUACGAUGAAACAGACUCGGAAGAUGAACAGCGGCAGAGCCAAGCUGUUGCUACACCUCAAAAGACAACUUCGAACCCGCCUGUAUCUAAAAUAAAGGUAGCACCGAAAGCCACGCCGGCUAUUACAUCGAACGCCAUCACUACGGCAACAACAACUGCCACUUCAGAUAUUGCAAAGCCAAAAACAAAAACUGGCAGCGGAAAGAUAAAAGAAGAAACUAAUUCUAAUCAGCAAAAUCCAAAAUCACAAAACAGGAAAGGUCAACAAGAUCAGCGUAAGGAUGAUGGCGUCGCUAAAAAGCAGCAGCAACACCAACAAACAGUCACACCUCCACCACCGCAACAACAAUCGUCACAAACAAAACAACGUGCUUCAAUCUCAACACAGCGUAGGAGCGAUAAAGAUAGGGAUCGCGAACGAGACAGAGAUGUGGCGAGCUCUAAGGGAAAAGCCAAAGGAAAGGAAAAUGUGCAAGCUGGUCAGAGCAGUCAACAAACUUCUGCAGUAGGAAGUAGAACUACUACCGGUGCUACUUCUGUGGCGGGUGUUUCCGCACAAAGGGACCUUCCAUCGAAAUCUGGUCGCCAGUCGUCACGACAGCAAAAGUUGAGUGAAAACGGAUCACAAAAACAAAUGCAAAGCCAAUUACAAACUCAAACGCAGGAUCCACCCCGCAACAGAGGCGGGCGAGGCAGUAGAGGUGGUGGUGGUGGUAACGGCGGUUGCAGUGGUGAUGGCGGUGGAAGCGAUUCACGUCUGAAACGAGGCGGUGGCCGUUACGAACGUGGCGGUCGUGGAUCUGGUGGUGGUAAUGGCGGCACGAAUCAAAAUUCGGCUCGUCAUUCUGCAGAGCCCAACCAUCAAGUCAGUCAGACCAGUGCUACUGCUGGCGCUGAGGGUAAACCGCUCUCAAAGCGCGCACAACGACAGGCCCAACGCAAUAAAAAAUUCCAAAAACAACAACAUUCGCACCACAACUAUGAGGAUUGCGGUGCAGGCAUACCGAACAAUAUGGGCUACUUCAAUCCCGAUGAAGUUGUUAUACCACCGGAUCCACAACCGUCAUUACAGCAUCUACAACAGCAGCAACGACAAUAUAACAGCUUGCCGCAACAGCUCCAAGCGCUACAUAUUGGUGGAAAUGUAAGUGUCAAUGUAAAUGGCCAACCCCCGAUGCAACCUAGUUACGCGAGUGUCAGUAAUGGUGGUAAUAAUGGCGCGUACCAAGGUAUGGUCCCCGCACUAAGCAUUAUGGAUCAACUGAAUCGUGGUGUGCAAGUGGAAAAUCUGUCGUUACCGCCCGGUAUUACGCUCACCAAAGUGGAUCCGGUAAAGAGCGAACAGUUGCGACAAAAGUCCGAAUCCAUACGAAAACUAUCCAAGCCCUUGCAGCAACAACAGGCACAGCAGCCACAAGCAUUCCAUCACAAGUCCGGUGCAACAAUUAUUGCACCACCUGUUGCUCCGGUCGGUAACUAUUUCGGUGCAGCGCCAUAUGCAGGUGUUGCAGCAGCGGCCGCCGCAUUAGAACAAAGUGGCAUCAUAAUGGUCGAAGCAAAUCCAACCAGUAAUAAUAACAACAAGAAAGUCUUGGAAAAGAUGAAUGCAGGCGGCGGAUCGGCACCAGCUGGUGGUAAACCUUCAAAAAGUAAGAAGCGGCGUAAUAAAUCAAAACAAGAAAGCAAUGCGCGUCUUGCAAACGCCGCCGCUUCUGCUAACGGUCCCAUUGGCGGUAGUAUUGGUGAGAUGGGAGCUGAUCAGAAUGCCAACGGGCAGCCGAAGAUGAUAACCUUACGAAAUCCGAUGUUCCACGGCGGUGCUGCCAAUGCAGCGGCAACUAUACUACAACAACAACCAGGACUCGUUCCCGGUCGUCCACUUGGCGGAAUGCCGCUAGCCGCACCAAUACCAAUGGACCAACCAGCUGCAAUAAUUAAGAAUGAGAAUGGUAUGUUUACCAUACGCAAUCCAGCAUUACACCAGGCCGUAACGAAUGGCUUAGCGUUGGGCGGUUAUCGCCAAUUCGGCAACGUUAGCUAUUACACGCCGCAAGAAGCCGCUGCUGAGGCUGUUAGAGCCAAUCAGCAGCAGCAGCAACAACAACAACAGCUAAAUGCUGCUGGCAGCCAAUUAAUUUCAACCAACAACAAUGGCGAUGGCAGUAGCACCUCUUCGUCAUCGGCCUUCUCAUAUUUCUCGAAUAGCAGUUCGAAUGCGAGCAGCGGCAAUGCGCCGGCCUCAUCGUCUUCGUCGACUGGCAGUGUGGGUCCGGGUACAAUUGGUAGCACACACAACACGAUCAGUAUUAGCUGUACAAGCAUCGAUGAAAAUGGUGGCAGCACCUCGUUAGCUGGUAGUGGUGGCGGUGGUUUGACUGGUGAUGCAGCGAUAAUUGCACGCCCAUCACCGCAACAAAAAUGUAUCUCAGCCAUUGGUAGUGAAAUCAAGAACGCACUACAGCAAAAGCAGAAAUGCAAGGAAGGCACACCGCAAUGGCCGUCAUUUGUUGGACAAGAGCUGCAAAACACCGUAGUGCCGGGUACAGAUAACUUGGCAGCUGCGGCGGCGGCAGCAGCUUACUUGGGUGGUGCAGGAAAUGGUUGUGUUGGCAAUGCCGGUAAUAGUGGUGUUGGUGGUGGUGCAGGUGGCUGCUUAACUGCUGCCACAUUGCAAGAGAAAUAUCAACAGUCCAGCUACUAUAACGGUUUUGUUGAUGUUUUUCCACCGUCAGCCCAAAGCAAUAGCAGUCAAAUGUCAACACCAGUUGUCCAUUCCUCCAAUGCUGGUUCACUAUUCGACAGCAACAAUGAUUGCCAUUUACAUCAUCAUAAUUGCGGUGAGGAUUCACCGCCACCCACCAUCACCGGUUAUAAUUCAUAUUUGGAUGGCAUAACCAAUACGGGUGUUAUACGCUACGACGACGCUUCGUUCUUGAAAAAUUUAAUACCAGGACAAAAUCUUAGCAAUGAGGUAUCCAUUCAUAAUAUAAACGACUCGAAUUUUACACGAAGUACGACAUCACCGGUGGCACAUCGUGUGGAAAUCACGCCGGUCUACCGGAGUAGGCCAACGUCAACGACUACGAAUAUAUACGAACACUGUCCAACAUCAGUAUCACUGACACAGAAUGCAUUGAGCGAACAGCAGGCGAAAUAUCAUCCAAAUGUUGUGUCCAAUUACAAUGAGACUUUAGCCGAUUACGGAAAUGAUGCUGGUAUGUUUGCAGCCAACAAUCUCGUUAAUUUGAAUGAACUCGACGCAGGCAGUGCUGGCACCGAAUCUGAUGUUGAAUCCUAUCAGCGUUAUAAUUAUGAAUAUGAGAGUCAGCAACAGCAACAGCAGCAGCAACAACAACAACAACAAAAUGCAAUACUCGACCUAAACGAACUGCUCAUCAAGAAGAGCUCACACAGCCCACAUGCGCAGUGCGCUUCUCCAUACCUAGACGAAGCGGCCAUGGACAGUUUUGUGCAAAAUAUCAGUACUUUACAAAUAUCAGCAGCAGCAGAUGAGCAAUGCGGCGGCCAUUUGAAUGGGAAUGGUAGCGGUAGUGGUGGUAACAAUAAUGGCGGUAGUAGUGUUGGAGCUGCCGGCAUCCCGAGUAGUUCUGCCAACACAACGACGGCUAAUGGUUGGUGGUAAAGACAAAAGGCAGCGAUGUUGCUGGCGCCCAAACUCUAUUCUAACAAAACUGCACACAAGUGAAACAUAUUGCAAUACAUGCUCGAACAUAUGAAUACAUAUAAAUAUAUAUACAUAUAAACUCACACACACAAAUAACAAAUAUACACAUGACAACGUGUUGUUUAUGUUAACUAUAACGGUUAAAGUCUUAAAUUGUCAAUUUAAGUAAAACGUCAAGAUGUCAAACAAAUUUUGCUGCACCAGUUUACAUUGUCGUGUGACAGUGACGGCUCGUCGGUCGGUCAUUCGCAACUGUUUUUCCGAAAUGCAAUUUAUACACAAGUAAUAAAAAAGAAAGCGAAAAAUAAUAAAAAAAUAUAUAUAUAUUGCGAAAUAAGAAGUAACAAAUGAACGAUAGUUUUGUCACAUUUGAAAAUGCGAAAACACAAAGUUUGCAAAAUACACAUACAUAUAUACAAUAAUGAUGAUAAAAAUACAACUAGAAUGCGAGUAAAACAUACAUACAUACAUACAUUGAAAUACAUCAUAAAAAAGAAACUUACAUAGAUUAAA